AUGGCAAAGCGCCAAUUCACAGGAGGGGGCACAUCUCGUUCGAAGAAGUCCCAUGUCGAGUCCAUCGCUAUCCCGGACAUCUUGGAACCACCCACGACAAUCCAGCUGGCCCAAUCUAUGACACAUACCAAGCAAGUGGUCGAGAUCAUACCUCUACCUGCAGUGGAUGGCCUCGUAGACGACAAUGCAACUGCCGUACACAAUGGACAAGUGGACGCCGAUGGGUGGGAGGACGAACUGCACGAUGUGAUUCAACUGGAGAGCAGGGAUGGUGCAAAGGCCCAGACGAAAAACAAGAAAAAAUUGAUGUUGGCGGGCCUCACCCGAUGGCUGGCAUUUCGCGAGUCUUAUUUGGAGGAGCUCCUGUGCUUCGACGGGCCGGGGACUCAAGACAUCGCUGCCAAGUGCGAACUCCACAACCAGGCUACUGCAAUGCGCUGCCUCGACUGCUUCGGCGGAAAACUGGAGGGAUGGAACGGGCAGUUCUUCGAGAGGAUCUCACUUGCACAUAUUGGACUUCGCGUGCAGCUAGGGCACCACAGUGGACGAUGCUUCCAAAAUCAAUGCGGACCCGUGCGUUUCACCGUCCUCGACGUCAGUGGCACUCACCAUGUCAACGUGGAUUUCUGCCGCUGUGGCGAGUCCCCUGGGGGAUGGAAUGAGUGCAUCCAACUACUGCGAGUUGGCUGGUACCCUGCUACGACGGAAUGUCCCCGCACCGCAUUUACCUUUGACUAUCUCAACACGUUUCAUCUCUUAACAUUGCAAGGGAAGCUUAACUUGUACGACUACUACAAGGCUAUACUGCGAAAGACGGACAACAUCGGGCUUCAAAAACAAGUGUACCGCUGGAACGAAGUCUCUAUGGUCGUGCGCCAGUGGCGCCAUCUGAAGUCUGUCAAGAGAGCCGGACAUGGUCACAACCCUGCAGGUAUCGCGGCCACCAAACCGGGUGCAUGCGCGGUGGAGUGUCCUGCAUGCCCUCACCCCGGCAUAAACCUGCCAGUUGGCUGGGAGAGUCUGCCCAACACCGAGCGGUGGCUCUACCAACAGGUAGUCGCUAUGGAUGCUUGCUUCCACCUCAAGUUGAAGGCGCGCGGAUUCCAGGACCCCGAGCUGGGUUCUGGAUGGUUGUACUUUGUGGGCGAAGGGUCAUACCAGGAGUAUCUUGCCAUUUGCAAGGACCAACACGAGAUCUCAAUGUGCGAGUCGGAGCUCAACGCCGUCAACCAAGCCUAUAGCAAGGGCACGCAUGACAGCCUCAGUGUCACCGGCAUCAUAGGUGUGAAGUGUGCUCGUCAUUGCUUCGUGCUCCCAAAUGGCAUUGGCGAUUUGCAAAAGGGGGAACAGUACUGCAACGUUGAUUACGUGGUGCUUUCAGCGCUGAAGGCUAGCCGCAUAACCGAAGACCAAAGGGCGCUGCCCGACAUUGGAUUUUCAUACGACAUCACGUGCAACUGGUACAAGAACUUCUACAAGAGACUUGACGACAUGCCCGAGCACAUGCAAAUCCUCGACGGCAUACCGACGUGCACCAUGAUACCCAAGGCCCACAUUGAAGGUCACGGCCCCAAGUGCCAUACCACAUGGUCCUUCAAUUUCCUGCGAGGAGUUGGACGUACCCACAGUGAAACUGUCGAGCAAGAGUGGGCACACAUUGGGCAAGUCGGCAUCAGCACUCGCGAGAUGGGCCCUGCGGCCCGUCAUUCUGUAUUGGAUGACCACUGGUCCACGUGGAACUGGCACAAGCUUGUUGAUCUCGAGUCUCACCUCGUCAAACAUCUCGCGGAAGCGCUCCUGAUGACGGGGAAGCAGAAGGUGAUCGCUGAGAAGUUCACAUCCACAUUCUCCCCAGCGACUAUCGAGAAGUGGCGUCAAAUGGUUGCCGAGUGGGACCUGGACAAAACAAAGCCUGAUCCCUAUGCGGAACCAUCGGCUUCCACGAUGAUGGCGAUGAUACAGCUCAAGCUUGCCGAGGAAGAAGUCAUCGAGGCGAUGCACGGUGAGCCUCAGCUUCACGAUAAACUCACUGUGAGCGCAUUCGUGCGACUUGGGUUGGAGCUUGAGGAACGACAGCGGGCCCUCUGUAUAAAGGGUGAGGGUGUCCUUCGCAAUCCGCUUAAGAGAGCUACACUACAGGAGAAGCGGAACGCGCUCACACGGCAUAUCCACGCGUGGUCCAGCGUUCAGCCCACCUACCAACCUGUUGUCACCUCGCUCCAUGGCGUCGACUCCCUCGCUGAGAGCGCCAAUGCAAGCCCACUCGUUCACGCUGAAGAUCUCAAGCUAUACCUACCCUCUGAGCUUGCGCAGGCUCAGCGCGAAGUGGGCUGUUGCAGUGGCAUCAUCGAGAAGGAGCACCGCUUCCGCAUGGCUCAAGUCGAGGAUGCCCUGGAAGACGUUCACCAUCUGCGUCGGAUCUAUGCCGGGCUUCUUGCCAAGUACAGGAUCAACAUCGCCAGUACGGGCCAGAAGGCAAAUACGCGCUCGAAGAUGAACAUCCGUGCGUUCAACCUGAAGAUCACCCUCACCAUCGCUCGAUAUCAUGAUGCUCGCCGUGCGCUCCUAGUGCUGGAUUCAGGUGGGGAGUGGAAGACGAGGUUUCAAGAAUUUAAAGAUGGAGAUAAUUGA